AUGCAGUUCAUCGCCAUCGUCGCCGCCAUCUUCGCCACCUCUGCUGCCGCUCAGUGGACCUGGAACGGCGGUGCCAGCGGAAGCAACGACGAGGGCCGCUACUUCAGCCACUGCACCUGCACCGUCCGCCGCAACGUUGACCAGGGCUUGGGCCAGCAGGCUUGCCAGAACUUGUCCAACCAGUUCYCCAACUUGUACUGGGAUGGCAACGGCUGUGUCGACGCCAACGGCCAGGGUGUUGAGGGCAACGGCAUGGCGAGAGCUUGCCGUGGAGUCGGCGGAGCCGGUCGCAACGCUGACCGCGAUGUUGAUGCCACCUGCUACUAG